ACUAAUCAAAGGCACUUGCACGCGGAGAACUAUUGGCCUCUAAAGACUUGAGCCGGUUUUGGCCAGCUUACAGUCUUCUUACUCUACUCUCUCACUGUGAGUUCAGAAAAAAAGUUUUAAAUUCCUGUAGGCAUUUCUCUUCAGCUUUUCCUAGGAUCUAAACAUGCAUGCAGAGGCUUGGGUGAACUCAGUUUUUGCUUCUUUCCUAUUGAUUAUCCUCUCAGCUACUCAGCAAGGCUUAACUCAGUCGCUAAGGUCUUCAUCUGGUAUUUGUAAACUAUCAGCAGAGGCAUCUAACAGGCGUUGUAGAACUCCUGAAGGCUUGAUUUGCAGCGGCAGAGGAAAAUGUGAUUGUGGAGUUUGCAUAUGUCAAGUUACUGAACCUGGGAAAUAUUAUGGCCCACGCUGUGAGUGCCAUGAUUGGGUCUGCACAACGUAUGAUGGCAAAACCUGUGGUGGCCAUGGAAAAUGUGACUGUGGCAAAUGUGUAUGUGAUGAUGGCUGGUUUGGUGAAGCUUGUCAGUACCAGAAAGUCUGCAACCUCCCAAGAAAGAAAAGCAAUGAACUAUGUCGUAACCCUCAAGGAGUGAUUUGCUCUAAUGCAGGCACAUGUCAUUGCGGAAGCUGCAUGUGUGCCAAUGCUGAUGACAGAGGGCUGAUUUAUGGAAAAUACUGUGAAUGUGAUGACAGAGAAUGUCUGGAUGAGGAAACAGGAGAAAUCUGUGGAGGCCAUGGAAAGUGUUACUGUGGAAACUGUUACUGUGUGGCUGGUUGGCAUGGAGAUAAAUGUGAAUUCCAGUGUGACAUCAGCCCAUGGGAGAGCAAAAAGAGAUGCACAUCUCCAGAUGGCAAAAUUUGUAGCAACCGAGGGACCUGCAUAUGUGGUGAGUGCACAUGCUAUGAUGUGGACCCUACUGGGGACUGGGGAGACAUCCAUGGAGAAACUUGUGAGUGUGAUGAGAGAAACUGUCUCUCAACAUAUGAUCGAUAUGCAGAUGACUUUUGCUCAGGUCAUGGACAGUGUAACUGUGGAAGGUGUGACUGUAAAGAAGGAUGGACAGGGAAAAAGUGUGAGCAUCCACUUUCAUGUCACCUGACAGCAGACGAAAGCAAAAAACGAUGCCAAGGAACUUCUAAUAUGCCUUGUUCGGGGAGAGGAAAAUGCCAGUGUGGCGUGUGCACAUGCUUCCCACCAGGAGAUAAAAGAGUUCAUGGGAAAUUCUGUGAGUGCGAUGACAGGCAAUGCGAGGAUAUUAAUGGAGAAAUCUGUGGAGGUCAUGGUAUUUGUUCCUGUGGUCGGUGCAUCUGUAAAGAUGGCUGGUUUGGUAAACAAUGCCAGUUUGUCCGGAACUGUAACAUGAGUGAAGUGGAAAGUAAAAGCCUUUGUGAAACUUCAGAUGGGAUCAUUUGCACAGGGAAAGGUUCAUGUCAUUGUGGGAAAUGUAUCUGUUCACCUCAGGAGUGGUAUAUUUCAGGAGAAUUCUGUGAGUGUGAUGACAGAGAGUGUGACAAACAUGAAGGUGUUAUCUGCACAGGUAAUGGAGUGUGCAACUGUGGUAAUUGUGACUGUUGGGAUGGAUGGCACGGAAAUGCCUGUGAGAUCUGGAUUGGAGAUGAAAAUCCUUAAGGAACAUGCAUAGCCACAUUGAAUAGACUUAUUUGUGCUGAAAAAAAAAAAUUCAGAGAAAAGAAGUAGAAAAUAAAAAUGCAAAUCAUUGGAAGGAGCAAAGAACACUCAGAAGCUGGAUAUAAUUCUUCAUUCAAAUUUCUCCAUAUCACUUGUAUAACAGCAUUCAAAUUACUGGUUACAAAUAAUCUUUAUUAAAACUAUAAUUGUUGUAUGCAAGUAAAUCCAACCUUGGAAGCAAAAGCAGUUAUCCUGAAACAUUACCUUGUAACUUAUGUAUGGUUCCAAAACAACUUUAUAUAUUUAUACUGUAUAUGCAAAAUUGUUAUUUAGAAAAGCUUACAUAAUCAUCCGGAAAGCUCAGUAUAUUCAAUCACAGAUAACUGUACAAUGCUAUAAAUCAAUCUUUGAAUGAAAAUCAAAUCUUUAUUUUUCUUUUUUUUAUUCCAAUGCAUAUGUUGUCAUCAGAAUAACAUUCUUACUGCUUACUGCAACUCUUUUAGUUGUCAUUUUGCAGUCUUUGUCUCACAUUUAUGUGUAUAUGUCAUAGCAGUUUGCCGUUUCUGAGUAUAAAAGCAUUCAUCCCUAGUCAGUAGUCUUUUCAACACAUGCUAUGACUCUUUUUCAUUUCAUUCUCUUUUACAAAUAUUUGAUGUUUAAGGGGCAAGUAAGAUUUUUUUUAUAUCAAAGGCAAUUUUAAAGGAUUAAGGGAUUUAGUGUUUUAUAGAUCAUGGUAAGAAGUAAGAAUGUCACUUAGUAAUGCUGUGAUUUGGUGGAAUUUCUAUGUUAAAAAAGUUUGCUUUCCUUAAAAAAAAGUGUUGACAGACAUCCUUUUAAAAUGGCUUUCAUUUCAGUGGUGUAACAGCUUGCUCUGAAUUUAAGUAUCCUUAAGCAGCUUUUUCAAAAACAGACACAGCCCUGCUGUAUGGUACAGCAAGUGUCAUGGUGGCUUAGAACAUUCUUUCUUUCUUUCCACCUCAAGCUUUAGAACCUUUGUGAAAUAAUACAUUGACAUAUCUAAAGAAUGUAUUUUCAUCAUUACAGUACAUACACUCUGGUCAACAUUAGGACAGUUCUGAAUUAUUUUUGGUCAUCUAGUGAAAAAGAAUAAUCACAUACAAAACAAGGUUCUUGUCACAAGUGAAACACUUCCAAUUUUUUUUCAUUUUCCAAGAUUUCUCUAACUCCAAAAUACUUUUUUCCCACCUAAUAUCCACAAAACAAAAGCACUUAAGUCCAGCAGUGUACCCAACAUUUGGAAGGAGAAGAUCAUACCUACUACUCUAUCAGAUUUUUUUUUUCCCAGGCAUUUAUUACACAACAUAAUUUGCUUUUCAUAUGCACCCACUGUACAUUUAGGGUGGAUUGGAAAAAAUCUUAUUGGACAGUAUGUUGAAAUUUCAAGUAAUUUGGUCUUUUAAGCAUGGACUGUGAAAAAUAUGGAAAGCGCACACAACAAUAAAGAGAUCUACACACCUUGGCAAGACAGAAACAAGACAAAUAAACCUCUCUUGGAAAUGGGAGUGGACAUUAGAAAAGAUGGCAACAAUUGGUUGCUGGACUUCUUCAUUGUAAUGCCACCCUGUUUUUGACCCAUCCGAUGGAAUAUGCUAAUUAAUAAUGGGCAUAGUGUAAAUUUAAACCCAUUUCCAUGCCCAGUAUAAUUACACUCUGUGAACUGUGUCGCAUUAAUUUUGUUUCUGAUAUUUCAAUUUGCCUUUAUAGAAAAAUUUUUAUUCAAUAUGUUGUAUCUGUGUUUACAACAAACACAAACUACAGUGCAGACAAACUCUUUGCAUAUAUGUAUGUAAAGUUAGCAAUACAUACCAACAGUUCUUGAUACACAUAGCGUACUACAUGCAGUUCAUCAAUACCAUCCUCUUCCCAUGCAAACAGAUGAGACGACAGACAAAUUAAAGAUAUUAACCAAAGCACAUAUAACAAAGCAGUUCACCCUUCACCCAAACAUUUGUGUGUUUAAACAUAAGUGAAAAACUGUUUAAAGACUUUUUUUUUUAGGAAGAAACACCUUUACAGAAAAAUAAACAAACAAAAAAUGUGCGUUUAUUCAUUUGUCAUUUACAAAAAUAAAUUCCACCUUCAUUUAACCAGUCAACUGGUUUGCAGGGCAGAUAAAGCCCAGCAUAUAGGGUUCACUUUUGAAAACUGUUUUAAUUUGGGUGGGAGUGGGAUGCCAGCCCUCUGUAGAGUUGAAAUGUAAAAUUACUUUGUGCAUAUCUCUUUUUUUCUGUUACCAUUAAAUUCACUUUGUACAGACUACAAUAACAAA